AUGACAGAGUGUACCGCUUGCGAUCGUUGCGCGAAAACGAUAAAGAAGGAGGAGGACCUUUUAAGAUGCAUGGGUUUUUGCGACCAAGUGUGUCACACUCGGUGCGCUGGCUUGAACGUUCCUUUCAUAAAAUUCGUCCGGUCAAACAACAAUUUGUUUUGGAUGUGUGAUGAAUGCGUUAGGCUUAUGAAAUUCGCACGUUUUAAAAGUACCGUGUCGUCCCUGGGAAACGUGAUAUCGUCAGUCGUAGCAGGGCAAAUGAGCGGAAUCUCGGAGCUAAAAGACGAAAUCGUGCGGAAUAACAACGAGGUCGCCAAACUCGCCGAUAAGGUCAAUGCGGCAACCCCGAUGCGAAUACCAGCUCGCGAUCGUCCUGCUAAACGUCGUCGCGGUGACUCGGAAACCCCGAAUAAACCGACUACUGGCACCAGAGUCGUCGAUAACCCCGAAAACCUUGUGGUCGGCACCCCGCCCAAGCUAUUCUGGGUGUACCUCUCGCGUUUCCACCCUACCGUGACCUCUGAGGUUGUCGAGCGGCUUGUUCGAGAUGGUUUACUAAACCAGGAGCCCGUUCGUGUAAUUUCACUGGUGAAAAAGGGGGCCGACCUUCAAUCGCUCAACUUCAUUUCGUUCAAAGUUGGCAUUCCCCUGGCGUACAAAAAUGCGGCCUUGAACCCAGAUACUUGGCCACAGGGAAUUGUAUUUAGGGAAUUCGACGAUGUGCGAACGAAUUCAGCGGUAUGGCUACCCCCCACCGCUCCCGACCCUCCCGCUACUCCUUUAGUUGGACACAAUGACAACUCCGGUGCUGGCUCAUCAUCUGUAACUCCAAUGGUGCUUACUCCAGUCCCUUUAGAACUUCCUCCGACUGCAGCUCCAUCGUUGACCCCUGCAGUAGAGGGACCAUAG